CAAGUGUUUCUUCCCCUUCAAAAUGCAGGAGGACCAUUUAAGGGAAUCUGAUAUUUUAACCUCUCCGUUUCUGACAACACAAUCAACUUUGAAUUUUUCGCACUGUUCUGAAAAUGCCACUAUCUGCAAAGGCACAUCCUGCAUACAGCCCACAGAUGAUUUCAACCAAGUUUUGAGUGUAGUCUUAAGUACCGUCCUGUCUGUUAUGCUGGCACUAGUGAUGUUCUCCAUGGGCUGCAAUGUGGAACUGAAGAAAUUUUUAGGACACAUAAAAAGACCAUGGGGUAUCAUUGUGGGUGUCCUUUGCCAGUUUGGAAUCAUGCCUCUCUUGGGUUUCACACUGGCAUAUGCUUUUGAUGUGCUUCCAAUUCAAGCUGUUACAGUAAUCAUCAUAGGAUGUUGUCCUGGUGGAGCAUUUUCUAACAUUUUGGCUUACUGGGUGGAUGGUGACAUGGAUCUAAGCGUCAGUAUGACAACAUGCUCAACUCUGCUGGCCAUGGGAAUGAUGCCCCUUUGUGUCUUCAUCUACACCAGGAUCUGGACGGACUUCAACUCCGUUUACAUCCCCUAUGACAACAUUGGAAUUUCAUUGGUUGCACUUGUCAUUCCUGUUUCCUUUGGGAUAUUUUUUAAGCAUCGAUGGCCCAAACUAGCUAAAAUUAUACUUAAGGUUGGUUCCGUUAGUGGUGCUAUUCUCAUAGUGGUCACAGCUGUGGUUGGAGGAAUAUUAUACCAAAGUUCCUGGACAAUUACUCCUCAGCUCUGGAUUGUGGGAACUAUCUUCCCAGCUGCUGGUUAUUCCUUAGGAUUUUUUUUGGCUCGUAUAGCUGGCCAGUCCUGGAACAGAUGUCGUACGGUUGCUCUAGAAACGGGACUGCAGAACACUCAGCUGUGUACCACUAUUGUGCAACUCUCCUUCAGUCAGGAACAACUGUCACUGAUGUUUACUUUCCCACUCAUCUAUGCCAUUUUCCAGAUUGUUUUUGCAGCAAUAAUUUUGGGAGGCUACCUGGUAUACAAAAGGCAUUUUGCUGAUCGAAAGAACGAUUGGAUAAAGAAAGAAAAUGGAGCUGAAUUGAGGUCUGAGUCAACAUAUGCGACAACAAAUGGAGGGUUUAAGAUGGAGGAAGGAAAAGAAGAGAACCACAUGACAGGGAUGGCGAAUGGAAAAGCAUAAGAAGUGCACAAUUCUAAUGACAUCUUACUAGAAUGCAAGGGAUGUGAAACAAGCAGGCUAUAUUCCAAGAAUGGAAGACCCAGGAACAUGCGGUUGAGUGGUGCUUCUUAGCCAACACAUGGAAAAGAUCAAUUUUCCUAAUACUAGAUGCUGUGAUUGAAUGUAACAUUAUUGCUCUCUGUAUUCUACUGCAAAUAUAUGUCUGGCCAACACUGCUUCAAUGAAGGAUUCUAAGCACUAGGUAUAAGACUUUUCUCCAUGACGAAUAAAAAGGAAACACC